CAGCGGCUGAUCCAGCCCCCGUCAGUGACCCCGGGAGGAUUUCUCCCCAUUGCAGACCUCAUAUGGGUGAAGGACCCACUCUCCCAUGCAGGGGCACAUUCAGCUGCCCAGCCAGCUGUGACCGUCACCCCCCGUGGCAGCCCGCAUAAGUCCCCAGGUGUGCCCCCGACAGCCCAGCCCGGCCCGGGGAACCCUCGGUGCCGGGCGCUGGCAUAGGAACAGACGGUGCUGCGGUGGCCGGGAACGAGACGGGCUGGAAAGGAGACGGUGCUUGCCGGCAGGGGGGGAGGAUCAGGCAGGAGGACCGCUGCGCUGCCCCGGCCCCGCUCCACGGCUCCUGCACAGGUCACAGGGCUGGGGAUGCUGCUGCUCGCUGUGGGACAGCCUGGGCGCUUCAAACUCCCAUCUCGGGGUUUGAGGGAUGGGAGCUCUGUGUGCUGAGGCGUGGCCCAGCACCCUUGGGUGACUGACUGGGGGUGGGUGACUGUCAGGGGUUGUCCUCAUUGCUGCUGUUCUCUGCUUUUGUCUCUCCUCCUGGGCUGCUCUCGGGGUCCCCAGGGCCCCUGCAGGCACAGCCUACUGUCCCAGCUGACACUGCACCCAGCAGCCCUUGCCCUGGCACUGCAGCCCAUUGUCCCUUCUUGGCUGGCACUGCACCCCAGCCCCCCUUGCCCGGUAGCACUGCACUCGGUACCCCUGCCUGGCUACGCAGAGGCCUCUGCACCCUACACCCUGUGCCCGCGGUGCUGCACCCCCAAGAGCUGCUCCUGCACCUCCAACAUCUGUGCUUGCACCCCGGGCGGUCGUGCACAAGUCCCCGAGCCCUGCUCCGUUCCAUCCAUGCACAGCUGCCAUGCAGCCCCGUCCCUCACACACCCUGCACCGCUGCCAUGCAGCCCCGUCCCUCACCCCGCCUGUUCACACGAAGGCCCCGAGGCCGCGCCUGCCCUCGGGCACCCCAGAAGCUCCUCCCGGGUGAAGCGGGGCUGCGCCGGGCCUGGUCGGGCUUCGCCUGGGCGUGAAGGGAGCCUGGGAGCAGGAGGGGCCAGGCGAGGCGCAGGAAUGCGAGUGGGAGAGCGGCCGGGCAAGUAGCGACAGCUCCUGCGAGCGCGGAUCCCACACGCGGCUCGGGCAGGGAGCGGAGCCCGGCACGGGCCGGAUGGGGCUCCCCGAGCCUCGGCCCCUCUGAGAGCCGCGGCGGGAGCGGCCAGGCCCGGGGCAGCACGGCCACCGCGGGUCCCGGCCCCGGGAGCUCGGCUGGGAUUCCCCCGGCGGGUAAUGCCCAGCUGGGCCGGCGCAGGGUGCUGAGGAGCCCGGGGCCGAGCAGCCGCCAUGACCCCCGAGAAGGUGCUGAGGGAGGGGGUGCUGGAGAAGCGGAGCGGGGGGCUCCUGCAGCUCUGGAAGAAGAAGCGGUGCCUGCUGACCGAGAAGGGGCUGCAGCUCUUCGAGCCCAAGGGCUCGCGGCGCAAGGAGCUGAGCUUCGCCCGCAUGAAGGCCGUGGAGUGCGUGGAGUGGAAGGAGCGGCACAUUUACUUCACGGUGGUGAUGGACGACAGCCUGGAGAUCGAUUUCCGCUGCGCCCAGGAGGACCCGGGCUGGAACGCCGAGAUCACCAUGGGGCUGGUGCGCUUCAAGAACCAGCAGGCGAUGCAGGAGGUGCGCGCCCGGCACAGCUGCCGAGCAGUGGUGCAGCUGGACACAGCCCCGGUGGGGCAGCCCCGGGAAUCGCAGCUUCCCAGGAGCCGGAUGGAGAUGGCGCUCGGCUCGGCAGGAGCUGGGGAGAACGGGAUUCCUGCGGGCAAGUGAGGUCACCGCUGUGCAGCCCGGGGACAAGGACAGUGGCCCCGGGGAGGCCGGUGCUGGCGC